AGAAUGGACUCCAGGAACUUGGCAAUAAGAAUAGUGCUUUCACUUCAGAGUGCAACAGGGAUACUGGGAAAUGUAUCUUUUCUUUUCUACUAUCUACUCAUUUACUACAAUAAACACACAUUAAAGACUAUAGACUUAAUUCUUACACAUGUCUUCACAGCCAACUCCUUGAUCAUUCUCUCUACAGGAGUCCCCCAGGUAAUAAGAGCUUUUGGGUGGAAAUGGUUCUUCAAUGAUGUGGGAUGCCAUCUUAUUUUAUAUGCUCUCAGACUUGGCAGAAGCAUGUCCAUCAGUACCACCUGCCUCUUGAGUAUCUUCCAGGCCAUCAUUAUCAGUCCUUGUGACUCGUAUUGUAAAGAUCUUAAAAUCAAAGUACAAAAAUAUAUUCGCCUCUCCAUUUUCCUCUUCUGGAUCCUGUACAUGGUAGUAAAUACAAUUUUUCCCAUGUCAAUGCCUACCAAAAGGAAUAGCAAAAAUAAGACACAAAAUACAGAUUCUGAAUUCUGCUUCUCUGUAAGUCAUGACAAAAUAGUAGAUUCAUUGUAUACGACAUUUUGGGUAUUCCCUGAAGUCGUAUUUUCUAUGCUCAUUGUAUGUUCCAGCAUCUCCAUAAUUGUCUUACUUUAUGGACACAAGAAGAGGGUUCAGCACAUCUUCAGUACUCAUUCCUCCCCUAGAGCCUCUCCUGAAUCCAGAGCCACACAGACCAUCCUGGUCUUUGUUUGCACCUUUCUCACUUUUUAUACCAUUUCCUCCAUUUUACAAGGUUACAUUGCUAUUUCUCAGAAUCACAACUCGUGGCUAAUAUAUAUCACAGCCAUUAUUUCUAUGUCUUUUCCUACUUUAAGCCCCUAUGUGAUGAGUCAUGAUUCCAUUAUUUCCAGAUUUUGCUUUUUCUCGAUAAGGUAUAUAAAAUGA